AUGGAGGUGCCACCGUCUGUGGAGAUCACCGACGGGCAGCGCCUUGAGACUGAGCAGCUGCAGGACGAGAGCAGUAUGGAUGGAGUACAGCAGACAGGGGAGCAGCAGAUUGGGGAGCAGCAGAUAGGGGAGCAGCAGAGUGGGGAGCAGCAGAUAGGGGAGGAGCGGAUUGAGGAGCAGCAGAUGGUGGACCAGCAGCUAGGGGAGCAGCAGACAGGGGAACCGCAGACAGGGGAGCAGGAGAUGUGGGGAAUUAGAGAUGGUUGUCGUGUUGGUUGA